AGAGUGUUGAUUAUCGGCGUUUUACCCUUGAAUCACUGAAGAUAUCUGCUCGUCGUUACUGGGAAUCAUAAUACAGUUUUUGACCCCCUUUCACAUAAAUUCAGGUGAAGAGUCUUGCUGAUCCCUUCCCAUGUCCAAUCACAAGUUGGCAGACCCAUCCUAUAACAAACAGGAAGUAUCACAAAUGUGGGAGACAAUAUUAUCAUGUCUUCCACACUGGUUUGAUAACAUCACAAAAGAUGAGAAGAAGAUGAGAAAAAAGGUCACACAGCGAUAUGCGAACAUGACCCUUGUGGGAUCGAUAUUGUUGAUACUGUUGAUACCUGUGUGGCGCCGACUUGCACAAAGGCUUCACCUAAGGAUGGAAAUUAAAACCAACAUUAUUUGUAUCAUCACCUUGUGGACCGCCAUUACUGUUGGCGCUACAACUCUACAGUCUCAGAAUGAUCUCCUGGUAAUCGCAAAGAGAUUGGGUAGGAUUCCUGUGGCCCUUAUGCCAGCACUUCUUUUGUUAACAUCAAGGCCUUCACCUUUACCAACAGUGCUGUACCUUACGCUAUUGCCAAUUCAUAAGUGGCUCUCACGUAUUGUUGUUAUCCAAGGUCUCUUACACACAAUUCUGUACCUUUUUUACUUCAAUCAUAAGGGGACCAUGUCGAAAGUCCUCAAAUUGGAGAAUAUCUAUGGGAUUAUCGCUAUGGUUGCAUUUAUAUUGAUUGCCAUCACAAGUCUUCCAAGAAUACGAAGAAUCGCUUUCAAAGUUUUUUAUUUUACUCACUAUUUAAUGACAUGGGUCUCAGUUCUCGCAUUAUACUUUCAUGCACGUCCUGGGAUCCCAGUGUUCACUUCUAUCAAUAUCUUGAUAUUAGUUUCACAAAUCGCAUAUCGUGUGCACUACACGACACUGACAAAACUCACGGUUACACCAAUGUCUCCAACUUUAGCACUUGUUGAGUUUCCCAUCAAUUCUAUUGCAAGAAGUAUGGAACUGCCGGUAGGUCAUGUUCGCAUAAACAAUAAGCAUAGAGGUCUCAAGGCACUUUGGUAUCAUUUGGUGCCAUUUCAACAUCCAUUUACAGUUUCAAGUUUACCCACGGAUGAAACCGUCAAGCUCAUUGUUCGUCGUGGAACGUUUCCAUUGAUCUCUAACCAUCAUUAUUAUAUCACAGGAGCUUUUGAACCAGAGCUUGCAUUCAUUCAUUCAAAAGCUAAAAAGAAUAAAAGUGUUCGCCAGCCUCUACUUGGGGGACAAUUCGGGGGCCCGAUGGACUAUAAUAUCACAGCAGAGCGUGUGUUGAUCAUCGUUGGUGGAUCUGGAAUUUCCUUUGGAUUACCAUUAUACCGUUUAUUAAACUAUAACGGUAUUUCUGUGAGGUUGAUCUGGGUUUGUAAAGAUAUAAGGGACCUCAACAUAUUGAACUGGUUUCGUGGUAUACAAGGUAUCGAGUGUUACAUUACUGGUGAAAAUGAUAUAGAAGUUGACUACUAUGAUGAUCAGAAGCAUGGCUUAGAUGCACCAACUAUCGAGUAUUAUGGCUCACUCGAUGACGAUGCAAGUGAAAUAGACUUCACCACUUUGGGCCGUGAGUACAAGGAAGCACAUAAUAUAGGACCAUCAUCGCCGCUAUCGUUAUCAUCGCCACAUACGGUCUUGACACCUAUGCCGUCGCUAUCACCUUUGAAGCGUGUACCAAAGUACGACUCUGCACCAGUUAAAAAGGUUCCUUCGUUCAAACGUCUUGCCCAGGCCAAAUCCGUCCCUGUUUUACACCCUGAUAGACUGUUAGAUAAGCCAUCUACAAAAUCGCUCAAUUUCCAUGAGAACAUCCACAUUGCAACUUCAGGUCAGUGUUCCUUCACCACAACUCCGCCACACUUAGCCCAUCUACCAAGAAGUGAGCUUCCAGAGUUCGAGAAGUUAAAACUACCUGCGUCCGUGAGAGUAUUUUCCGGCAGACCGAACUUGGGAGCAGAAGACUACGACUGGUGUACUCAAACAUCAUGUAUUGGUCCUCGUAUCGAGCAUGGAAAAAGCGUCUGCUGUCGUGAUGUCCAAGAUGAUGGCGCACACAAAAGAGUCAACAAAGAAAACGUAUGGGUUAUAGGCGCAGGACCACAAGGCCUUGUUGAUGAAGCCGGUGAUUGGGCAAAGGAAGGUGGCUUGAGAUGGCAUGGCGAAUCCUUUUCUGUAUAGUGAUGUUUAUUUUAGCAUUUCGUAAUCAAUUUGAAUGACCUAUUUAUGACUGCAAC